AUGGUGCUCUGUGGAUUCGGAUUGUUGCUCCGGCGGAGUUGGGUCGAGGCUCUCUGCACGCUUGCGGCGUUGAUGAUGCUUGUUGUGCUGGGAGGUGGUCGGACCUGGCUACCGAAUAGUGGCAAAGUCGGCUUGGGUGAGGUGCUGGUUGUCGAGAUGAAUAUCUAUAUGGCGAACGAGCGUCCUGAUGAGGUGCUUGCGAUGCUUCGGACAACGGGUGCGGAUGUGAUGGUUUUGGUUGAACCUCAAUGGGAUGUGUUCCGGCGGUUUUUGGAUGAGGAUGAUGGGUUGCAGUGGCUUCCGCAUCGGAUCAUCAGGCGGAAGAUUGAACGCGAGGCGUCUCCGAUGGUGGUGCUGAGUCGUUGGCCAAUCCAGAGGGACGACUGGUUCAAUCCGCUGGCGGGGGUGUCGUGUGUCGUCCAGAGGCCGGAGGUGGAUGGUGGGGCGUUUCGCUUGGUGGGGAUCCAUGUGCCUUCUCCGCGCGGUGGAUCGGAGUGGACGCGUGGGAAUGAUGUUGUGCGCGGGAUGAUCGAGUCGCUGCGUGUGCACGGCGAUGAUGGAAUACCGACAAUGGUCGUUGGUGAUCUGAAUGGGGGUCCUGGGAGUUAUCGGGACCGAAUGCUGCGAUCAGAGCUUGGGGUUGCGCGUGGAUCUCGCGUCAUGUCUUUGUCGGGGACAUUUCCGUCGAAUCUGUCGAUAUUGGGGGUAACAAUCGACGAUAUCUGGGUAGAUCGUGGUGCUGAUGUGCGCUCAUGGGAGCGCUUUGUGGUGCCUGGUAUCGCGCUGUUGAUCUUCGGAUUGAUGUGCGCGAUGUCUCUGUUGAGACCCCAUUGGGCGAUGGUGCUGAUCUUUACCUUCCUUGCGUAUGAGCAGUUGAUCACUUCGUUUGUGACGGCGCUGGCGCGGAGAUCAUGGAUUAUUAAUGUCACCGCGGCGGGAUUUGCUGGCAUCGCGGUCGCGACCUCGUUUCUUGCGGGGCGACAGCCAUUCCGUGGGAUGAAGAAUAUCAACACGGCGUUGAUCUUUGGGUUGUAUUUGUUCUGCUUCUUUGGGGCGACGUACAGCAUGAUGCCUGAGGCGGCGAGGUACUUUCUCAAGACAGGAACGCCGUACAUCAUUCUGAUGCUGGUGAUCCUGCCGUUGUUGGUGUGCACGACAGAGCAGAUCACGAAGAUGUGUGUGCCCCUGCUUUUUGUGGGGUGUGCGCUGAUCUGUUUGAUCCUGAUUAGUCCGCGUACGACGAUCUUUGGAUUCCGUUUGUUUAUUGACCUGAGUUACACGGUGGGGAGCAGCGACUCGCGCGGGAAUCCGCUCGCGCUUGGGGAGCUUGGUGGGAUGAUGGUGAUCUUUGCUUCUCUGAUGGAGCAGAACUCAAAGAACCUGCUGAUCAGUGCGCUGCGUGCGGGAUCGAUCGUGCUCGGGAUCGCGAUCGCGUUCCUUGUCGCGGCUCGUGGUCAGUUAUUCUUCUGUGCAUUCUUUGCGGUCGUCUGCUACCCGCUGGCGCACGAAAUCAAGAACGCGAAGCAGUUCUUUCUUCGAGCUUUCUCCCUCGGCGCACUGGGGAUGAUCCUCUUGCUCGUUGCGAAGUUCUUUCUCGCGGGAUCCGAGGCUACUCAACGCUUCUCUGCGGAAGAUCUUGGUGAGGGGUUCGCUGGACGAGUGUUCUUUGCGACCUCGAUGCUCGAUGCGUACGGUUCGAAUCCUGCGAACUAUCUGCAGGGCCUUGGGGUUGGGUCCUUCAACGCGAUCGUGCCGCAUGAUGGCGAUGGAUUUAUCUAUCCGCACAACCUGGUCAUCGAGGUGCUUACACAUCACGGCUUGAUUGGGUUUACAUUGCUAUCGCUGAUCUUCUUGAUCACAGCGUACCACGCGCUGCAGUUGUUGCGUGCUGGAUUGGCGGGUGCUGUUGAUCGCAGCGCGGUCGCGAUCUUGCUCGCGAUGGCGGGUUACACGACAAUGAUCGCGAUGAAGCAGGGAUCGUUCUUGAUUAUCCCGCUCCCAUUUUAUGUGUUCAUGAUCAUCUCGAAGGUGUACACGAGAUCGGUGCUCGACGCUCAGGCGUAUGGAUACGAGGAUCUGUACGACAACGAGUAUGAGGAGUAUGCCGACGAGUACGGCGAUGAAGACUGGGAAGAGUACGGGCAAGCUGAGCCGGCUUGA